AUGAGCAGUUCAUUCAAGAUGGAUGAAGAAGAAUCAAAAGAUGAUAAAGUUCCUUCCAAAUCUCAUACUUCAAAUCCUCUCUUGAACCAUACCAAUCCACCAACUUCUCCAAGAAAGAAACAAGCAGAGCCGCCACUUUCAGCUCGGAAAGUGGAGCAACUAGAAAAAGCUAAACAAGCCACCAGUGGAGUGAUUCCUUCAAAACAUGAUCAACAGCAAAGUCCGAUGGAGGACCCUCCUUCAAAAGAUCGAAAGAACCAGAACCAGAGCCAACCGCCGCCUCCAGUUCGGACCCUGGAGCAACCAGUAAAAGAUAAACCGCCCUUCGACGGAGUAAUUCCUUCAAAACAUGAUCAUGAACGUAAACAGCACCGUUCGAUGGAGGACCCUCCUUCAAAAGAUAUCCAGAACAAGAAAGAGACGCCGCCUCCAGCUCGGAAUGCGGAGCAACCAGAAAAAGAUAGAUUACCUCCUUCAAAACACGAUCAUCAACCUAAGCAGCACCGUCAGUUGGAGGAGCCUCCUUCAAAAGAUAGAAAGAACCAGAACCAAAACCAGCCACCCCCGCCUCCAGCUCGGACCGUGGAGCAACAGCAAAAAGAUGGACAAACUCCUUCAAAACACGAUCAUCAACGUAACCAGCUCCGUUCAAUUGAGGACCCUCCUUCAAAAGAUCGACAGAACCAGAACCAGCUGCCGCCUCCAGCUCGGAACGUGGAACAGACAGAAAAAGAUAGGCAACCUCUUUCAAAACACGAUCAUCAACCUAAACAGCACCGUCCGGUGGAGAAAAACCAGCCACUCCCAUCUUCAGCUCGGAUCGUGAAGCAACCAAAAAACGAUAGACAGCCCUUCAAUGGAGUAACUCCUCCAAUGGAGGAUCUUCCUUCGAAAGAACUGAAGGAGCAGAACAAGCCGCCGUCGCCGCCGCAGCAGCCUCCUGCAGACUUCCUUAUACAAUCGGACGAACCGCCGGUGCUUCCGCCGGCUCCUCCUCCUGAUCCGCCUGAGACUGAUAAAGGUUUCUGUUCCAAGUGGUGCUGCUGCUGUCGCGGCAUCUUCUAA